AUAAAAAGAAAUCAUUUAGUUUUGCAAGCCAAUCGCCGGUGAGUCAAUUAUUGAACAUGAAAUCAAAUAAAUUAUUUGUUCUUAAACGAGAUGGCCGCAAAGAGGAAGUACAUUUCGAUAAAAUUACAUCUCGUAUUCAAAAGCUUUGCUAUGGAUUAAAUAUGGAUUUUGUUGACCCAGUGGCCAUUACACUGAAAGUUAUCAAUGGCUUAUACUGUGGUGUUACAACUCAAGAGUUGGACAAUUUGGCAGCCGAGACAGCUGCUACAUUGACAACAAAUCAUGGUGAUUAUGCCAUAUUGGCGGCUCGUAUUGCCGUCUCCAAUUUGCACAAGGAAACGAAAAAAGUAUUUUCAGAGGUUAUAAGUGAUCUGUAUCAUUAUGUUAACAAAGAGACGGGUAAAACUUCGCCCAUGAUUUCGGAGUAUCACUACAAUGUGGUGCAGAAGAAUGCAGAACGUUUGAAUUCGUCCAUUAUUUAUGAUCGUGACUUUGGCUACAAUUAUUUUGGAUUCAAGACACUGGAGAGAUCCUAUUUGCUGAAAAUGAAUGGUAAGAUUGUUGAAAGACCACAGCAUAUGUUAAUGAGAGUAGCUAUAGGUAUACAUGGAGAUGACAUAGAUUCGGCCAUCGAAACUUAUAACUUGUUGUCUGAGCGUUAUUUUACACAUGCCUCGCCCACUUUGUUUGCUGCUGCUACCCCGCGACCACAAUUGUCAUCGUGCUUCCUUUUGACCAUGGUGGCUGAUUCUAUUGAAGGUAUUUUCAAGUCAGUGGAACAAUGCGCCAUGAUUUCCAAAUCUGCUGGUGGUAUUGGCAUUAACGUGCACUGCAUAAGGGCCAAGGGCACUUCCAUCGAUGGUACUAACGGCACCUCAAAUGGACUGGUGCCCAUGCUUAGGGUGUUUAACAAUGUUGCCCGCUAUGUAGAUCAAGGCGGCGGCAAACGUCCAGGAGCAUUUGCCAUUUAUUUGGAGCCUUGGCAUUCAGAUAUUUUUGAAUUUUUGGAUUUAAAGAAAAAUACCGGCAAGGAAGAGCACAGAGCUAGAGAUCUAUUCUAUGCCCUGUGGAUACCCGAUUUGUUUAUGAAAAGGGUAGAAGAAAAUGGAGAUUGGUCGUUAAUGUGUCCCCACAAAUGUCCUGGACUGCAGGAAGUUUGGGGUGCGGAAUUCGAAGAAUUGUAUACCAAGUAUGAAAAAGAAGGCAAAGCAAACCGUACCGUCAAGGCCCAGGCUCUUUGGUUUGCCAUAAUUGAAGCUCAAGUAGAAACAGGUACUCCCUACAUGUUGUACAAGGAUGCCUGUAAUCGUAAGAGUAACCAGCAAAAUAUUGGCACUAUUAAGUGCAGUAACUUGUGUACGGAAAUUGUAGAGUAUUCAGCACCCGAUGAGAUAGCCGUGUGUAAUUUGGCCUCAAUAGCCCUUAAUAUGUUUGUGACGCCUGAAAAAACAUUCGACUUUAAGAAAUUAAAAAAUGUUACUAAAGUCAUUACCAAAAAUCUCAACAAAAUCAUAGACAUUAACUUUUAUCCUCUGCCGGAGGCCAGGAAAUCUAAUCUACGUCAUCGUCCUAUUGGCAUAGGUGUGCAGGGUCUUGCCGACACAUUGAUUUUAAUGCGUUUCCCCUACGAAAGCGAAAAGGCGGCUUUGUUAAAUCAACAAAUUUUCGAAACUAUUUAUUAUGGCGCAUUGGAAGCUAGUUGUGAAUUGUCCGAAAAGCUAGGUCCUUAUGAAACUUAUCCCGGCUGCCCGGUAAGUAAGGGCAUACUACAAUACGAUAUGUGGAAUAAAACUCCUACCGAUUUGUGGAACUGGACAGAGUUGAAAGAGAAAAUCAAACAGCAUGGUGUACGAAAUUCUUUGCUAUUGGCCCCUAUGCCCACUGCCUCUACCGCACAAAUCUUGGGCAAUAAUGAAUCAUUUGAGCCUUAUACCUCCAAUAUUUAUACCAGACGUGUGCUAUCGGGAGAAUUCAAUAUUGUCAAUCAUCAUUUGCUAAAAGAUUUAACUGAACGUGAUCUAUGGGAUGACGAAAUGAAAAACAGAAUUAUUUCCAAUCGCGGCUCUAUACAAGCCAUAGAUGAAAUUCCCAAAGAUAUUCGUGAUCUAUAUAAGACAGUUUGGGAGAUUUCCGUUAAGACCACUAUUCAAAUGGCAGCCGAUCGUGGCGCUUUCAUCGAUCAAAGUCAGUCGUUCAAUAUACAUGUGGCUGAACCCAACUACGGUAAAUUGACCUCAAUUCAUUUCUAUGCCUGGAAAGCAGGCUUAAAGACCGGCAUGUAUUAUUUGAGGACAAAACCAGCAGCAAAUGCUAUACAAUUUACUGUGGAUAAGGGUCGUGCAGCUGCUCAAAACGAAAGUCAAUUGCAGGCCAAUGGUGAGCACGAUGAAAGCAUUCUCAAUGUAUCGUCAUCUUCGCUAAACAAUGAGUCGGUGCGGGAGAAAAGAAUGGCCGAUAUGGUGUGUUCUCUAGAAAAUAAGGACGCAUGUAUGUCCUGCGGCUCUUAGGCUUCUAUGAAUUUUCUAUAUUAUUAGUUGUACAAUAUUUAAUACCUACUCUUCUUUUAAUUUUGAAUAAAAAAAUACUAUAAAUAA